AUGCUAAAUCGGGCGCAAAAUGCAGCCUUAAUCGGCCAGUUACUUAUUUGGAUAACUGGUUAUUUGUGUAAUACAAAACUCGAUACUCACGUGUGCGCUAUAACUCAUGAGAUGUUUGGCCUAGUUCAAGAGGAUACGUAUUCUCACAACGACUCUGCGCCUGCAAGGAUUGUUCGCGACAAUAAGGAUGAAGAACCACUCAUUUCCGUCUUCGAGAAGCAUCAUGUGUUUUCACCAACAUCCCAUCCAGAAUGUCAUUUCAGCAUCGCUACGAAAGAUUUUGCCACCGUCGAGAUUCAGCAAUCACUGUUAGGCGCGAAAGAUAUGAGACAGAAACAAGUUAAAGACUUUGUACAGCAAAGGUUGACUGAACCACUUCAACAGCAACCUAAUAACGAGCAAGGGGAUACCAAGGUUCAAUUUACGGAUACAAUGCACCAAGAACAAUUCUCUUACUUUCGAUUCGUUGUAUCAAGUCGCCAAAGGGGGGGGGGGGCAAAGAGUAAGAAAAGAACACGAUUUUCCGGGCUGACAAGAGUGUUUUACAGCGUGUUAUCGUUGCUUACGGAGCUGGUCGAGAAUUGAAGUAGAUUUACAUAAUGUUUUGUCGCAUGAGCUAAUAUCCGUACCCAUAUCAUUAGCACAUACGAAUGGUAAACUUAUAACUGGCCAGAAAGCACCGCUGGCUGAUGUUCUCACCAGGUGAAUAGAAUGUCCGAGUGCUAUAGAUUUGCAAGAAAGUGCAUGUUUACUGAUUGACGGCAUGGCAUUAGUAGUAGCAGUAGGAAAACAUGCCGACGCUCAAACUUUCGGAGCCUACGCAUAUAGAUUCCAAGAUGCCGUAUUGGGAGCAGGUUCGCCGUAUCAGCAAAUUCACGUACUAUUCGACAGAUGCGAGAAGAGUUCAAUCAAAGCAGGCACGAGAGGACGCCAUACCAGGACUAUUCGCCCCGUUCGUCGUGUAAUUGAGAACAAGAAUGUUCCACUCCCGAACAGCUGGUCAAAUUUCUUAGCUUUACCGGAAAACAAGGCAAACUUAAUAAACAAGGCUAACAUUUAAUUGCAAAUGCACCUCAAGAGAAAGUCAUUGUUGUUGCAGGUGGAUUUUCCGACGGGGAAGAAGCGAAAUCGUCAAACCAAUUGGUCGAUCCUUCUAUUUUGUGCGCAGAUCACGAAGAAUCUGAUACAAGACUGGUUGUACAUGAUAUCGUCAACAGUUGUGACACGGUUGUUGUGUCUGCCAGAGAUACUGACGUGCUUUUUCUACUUGUGGCGCAUUUGCCAAGUAUGCCUUCUGCAAAUGUGUGGAUGAUGGCAGGAACAGCGGUCAGGCGCAAGUUCUUCGCCAAACCCGGACGGAAUGGGCUAGAAGGGAGAAAGCGAAGGCGGCAGUAA